GCCGAGUCCGCUUCCCGCCGGCUCCCCGCGUGCGGGCAGCACCUGCGCGCCCUGCGCUCCUCGGAGCCCUGCCUCCGCGGCACCUGCGCCGACCCCCACGCCAGGUGGUGACAGCCCGGCUCCCGGCUCCCGGCCCCCGCAGCGCCCGGACCCGAUGGGGAGCGCGCGGGCCGCGGCUUCCUGAGCGCGGGCUCCGCCGCCGCCGCCGCCGCCGCCGUCCAAACCGCGCGCCGGGGCCCCGGGCGGGCGCCCUCGUAGGGGCACCCGAGACGCCGGGGAAGCUCGCAGCACCAUGAAGUCCGUGCUGUUCAGCCGAUUCUUCCUCCUCCUGCCCUGGAUCCUCAUCGUCAUCCUCAUGCUCGACGUGGACACCCGCAGGCCGGCGCCCCCGCUCACCCCGCGGCCCUACUUUUCCCCCUACGCCGUGGGCCGCGGGGCCGCCCGACCCCCGCUCCGCAGGGGCGGCCCCGGGCGCGGCGCGGAGAGGCGCAACGAGUCUCGGCCGCAGCCGCCGCCGGAGCCGCCGCUGCCCACCAUCUAUGCCAUCACGCCCACCUACAGCCGCCCGGUGCAGAAGGCCGAGCUCACCCGCCUGGCCAACACGCUCCGCCAGGUGGCGCGGCUGCACUGGAUCCUGGUGGAGGACGCGGCGGCGCGCAGCGAGCUGGUGAGCCGCUUCGUGGCGCGGGCCGGCCUGCCCUGCACGCACCUGCACGCGCCCACGCCGCGGCGCUACAAGCGGCCGGGCCUGCCGCGCGCCACCGAGCAGCGCAACGCCGGCCUGGCCUGGCUGCGCCAGCGGCACCGGCACCAGCGCGCGCAGCCCGGCGUGCUCUUCUUCGCCGACGACGACAACACCUACAGCCUGGAGCUCUUCCAGGAGAUGCGAACCACCCGCAAGGUCUCUGUGUGGCCAGUGGGCCUGGUUGGAGGGCGACGCUAUGAACGUCCGUUGGUGGAAAAUGGCAAGGUCGUCGGGUGGUACACCGGCUGGAGAGCAGACAGGCCUUUUGCCAUCGACAUGGCAGGAUUUGCUGUAAGCCUUCAAGUCAUCUUGUCCAACCCCAAAGCUGUAUUUAAGCGCCGUGGAUCCCAGCCAGGGAUGCAAGAAUCUGACUUUCUAAAACAGAUAACCACCAUUGAAGAACUGGAACCGAAAGCAAAUAACUGCACCAAGGUCCUCGUGUGGCAUACUCGCACAGAGAAGGUUAAUCUAGCCAACGAGCCCAAGUACCACCUGGACACAGUGAAGAUCGAGGUGUGAAUGGGAGCAGCAGUGGGUGUGGAAGAGGAUGUGUGGAGAAUAGGCUACAGAGCAUUCAGGUAUUGUUCAUUUUACUUCAGUACAACAGCCUUUAUUGACAUCUGAUGGACAUCUGUUUAGACAGAGCUUGUCAGUUAACAUAAGCUAAUCAGUUGGUAUAAAAUGUGUUUGUCUUCAUUUGUUCUGCAUGUUUUCUCUACAACUAAACUGGAAGAUCUUUGUACAGUACAGCUAAUGACACUGCAGGUACCACUUUUAGUAUCUUACAUACUUUUCUUUUUUUCCCCAUUUGGCCUUAUAUUUGGUAGAACUAAACAGGUUUUAGAAACAUGACAAAUAUUUUGUCCCCAAUUCCUGACUUAGCAACAUUAAGUAAUUUAUAUAAGGUUGAUGGCAGUAUACACUGUAGGAAAUGAAACCCACAAAAAAAAGUCUAUGGAUUCAUCUAUUUAAUAUAGGGAUAGAACAUUUUGUCAAUACUAGGCACCAUAAAAUGUAAACACAAUUACUGUCAUAAACCUGGAUAUACCUUCAAGGACUGAAAGUGGCUUUGUUUAGUUACCCUGUUUGCAUAUAGUGCAGAGAAAGAUCUUCAUAUUAGCACUAUGUACAUAAGAGGAGAUCCAAAUUACAAGAGGCGGAUAAAAUUCAAAUUCUUUAAAUAUUGUUAAACUAAGUUUUACAGUAGCAUCCAGGUUUAUCUUCCUUUCACUAACCACAUUCCCUGUUAAGCACAUCAUAACAAUAGCACAGUGAAGGAAAUGAUGAAAUAAAAGAAUUUGAUACACUAGAAAACAGUGCUCAGUGAUACAUUUACAUUCUAUUUAUGAUUAACCAUUUGAUCAUACAGUACCUUCCUACGAGAUUACUGGCUAAUUUGGGGGUGGGGUUUAUACUGUUAGAGGUAUUACUAACAUGAUAACUAUUUUCCUUAUAUGCAAACAUUAGAGCUAUAAUUUUAUCGAGUAAGACUGAUUAUGCAAGUUGACUGAGCAGCUUCUCAAAUAAUGUGGUUUAUGAAGUUAUGGGAACUAUGAGCAAAGCUGCCCUGGACAUAAAAUAGUUUCUCAACCUGCUUUUCACCACAUCAAAUUUAAUCAGUACAAACCAACACAGUCAAUCAGGUAAUUCUUAAUGUGAACAAAUGGGGAAAAAGAAAAAAUAUAUAUGUACAUGGAUAAACAGGGGAACUUAGAUGCAUUUCAGCAAGGAAUGUAGGUGGUAGCUCUGGAUGAGACUCGUGUGCAGUCCUCACUUCCACAGUUGUGUGCUGAGAGUCUGACCCGAUGAGCUUCCAGACCAUCCUGCUGUGGUGUUGGGGGGCUGGGCAAAGCCCAGCGCCGGGCUCGCAGUGCCCAUACUCAUGCCAGCCAUCUGCUGGUUCACCUGUGAGGUAACACAGGGCUGUUUAAGCAGCUCACUUCACUUUUAAAUCUUAUUUCUUUAACCAAAGUUAGACAGUUUUUAAGGUACCCGAUUUUAUUAGAAGCUGUCUCAAGGAGAUACUGAAGCUUAAUAGCAAUUACAAUGAGUAUUUUUUUUUUUUGUCCAUGUAAAAGUCAGUCAAAGCUCCUUGGUAAAAGCAAACCAUCACAUGCUUAUUUCUCUGCAGAAAGCAACUACAGCUUUUUUCCCCCCAUUUUUAGCACUGUAUUUAUUCAUUUUCUAGACUCAAUUUCUUGUCCCAAAAAAUUAAUCACAACUGAAAAAGUGCCAAAGCAAUCUUUCAAUUUGUAUCUAGGUAUAAUGAGUCCAAUAUUCUUUCAACUCAAGAAGUGCU